UCACCUAGGAAAGAAUUUUGUUAAGUGGACGACCUCUACUUGUUCAUUCAUGUGCGUUUCUUUAACGCGCAUCAAAUCGAAACCUUACUUGAACCAAAGCUUCAAUCUUCCAUCACGAAAGAGAGAGAUUUGCUAAGAAGACGACCUUUAUAUGGACAAUAUAUCUCGACACAUGAGACAUGACCAACCAAGAAAUCCUAGAACCCCUCGACAAACCCCCUAAUCCACCGGAAUUGAAUUGCAGAGAACAAUGGCAUUAACAAUAGACCCAACUGAAUCUUUCAAACCAUACACGCUCAAGCACACUCUCCCGGCCCACAAACAUGCUAUUUCCAGCGUCAAAUUCUCGGACGAUGGCCGCUUACUCGCCUCGUCCUCCGCCGACGAGACAGCCCGUAUUUACUCCAUUUCCGGUUCCUCCGCCAUCGUCCGCCACGAAUUAGAAGGCCACGAACAGGGCAUUUCCGACCUUGCUUUCUCGUCCGAUUCCCGCUAUCUCGUCACUGCUGCGGAUGACCGGACUAUUCACCUCUGGGAUGUCUCGACCGGAGCCCAUAUCAAGACUCUCAUCGGACAUACUAAUUACGUGUUCUGUGUGAAUUUUAAUCCACAGUCGAAUAUGCUUGCUUCGGGUUCUUAUGAUGAGACUGUUCGCAUUUGGGAUAUUAAGUCUGGGAAGUGUAUAAAGGUGCUUCCUGCCCACUCUGACCCGGUGACUGCGGUUAAUUUUAAUCGGGAUGGGACGCUGAUUGUUUCGAGCAGCUACGAUGGGCUUUGUAGAAUUUGGGAUGCUUCAACUGGACAUUGCAUGAAAACUUUGGUUGAUGAUGAGCAUCCACCUGUUAGUUUCGUGAAGUUCUCUCCCAACGGAAAGUUUAUUCUCGUCGGGACUCUGGAUAAUACUUUGCGACUCUGGAACUACUCUACAGGCAAAUUUCUGAAAACGUACUCAGGCCAUGUCAACUCUAAGUACUGCAUUUCUUCAGCAUUUUCUAUAACAAAUGGCAAGUAUAUUGUAAGUGGUUCUGAGGAUAACAAUGUCUACUUGUGGGAGCUUCAGUCACGGAAAGUAGUUCAAAAGUUGGAAGGUCACACAGACACUGUUAUAUCAGUAUCGUGUCACCCAACUGAGAAUAUGAUUGCAUCUGGUGCUCUUGGAAAUGACAAGACGGUCAAGAUUUGGACGCAGGACUGAUUUUUGCAAUUUUGGGAACGACAUGGCUCUCUGGAGACCAGAAUGGAAACCUUUUUUUUCCAAGUAUCCGCGUUAGUAUAGGUCUAAGCAAUUGCAUUGUGAAUUCAUCCCUUCUGUUACCCUCUUCCCAAUUUAACAUUAUUCAGGACAUUGCUGCUUUGGAUUAAUAUUAUUCUCCCUCGGCUAGUCUGUUUUGUAAUGUAAUUAUUGUGGUGGAUUCAGUUGGGGCUUGAUGUUUGUCUUUGAUGACUGACUAGGAAAUUUUGUGCUAAGGUAAAUUAGCUACAUAUAAGUUGUUUAGUGAGCAUAUGAACUGAUAUGGUGUUUUU